AUGAAAUCUGAAAGUGAAACAUCAUUAGAUAAUGAAGCAAGACCAACAAAAGCAGAAUUAGUCCAACUUGUUAAUCAGUUUCUCAUUCAAAACGAUUUGCCAGUAACAGCUGCCGCUUUACAAAAAGAAUGUGAAAAGUUGCUUGGAGGCAGGUGGAGUGGGCAUAAUUUGAAUGUCACUCGUAGCGGUCGCUUUCGUAGGCAUACGACGGUAAUACCUAAUUUGGAUGGCGACGCGUGUUUGGCAGAAUGGUUGAGUGAUAGUGGGGCUGUUGGGACCCCUUCAGCAUCCUCUCCAAACGAAAUGACCAAUUCCUCCUCAAAAUCCCCACCCUCUCGUUUACGUAAACCACCUAAAACAACAUUAAAAAAGGGGCAAUCUCAAAAUAGUGAAAAUAAAAAUGAAAGGAGCCAGCAAAAGCAAUGUACCAGUAGCCGUUCUAGUCAAAUUUCUCCAGCUCCUUCCCAAAAAAGAGCAAAUUCUCGUAAUAAAUCGAAAAAUUUAAAUGAAGAUUUAAAUAUUUCUUCAACAAAAAUUGAACAAAAACAGGGAGGAAAAAAUAAAAAUAUUUUGAGGAAGGCAGAUUCUGUUGGAAAUAUUUCUGUAAACGAAGCUUCCCCAAAACAACAACAAACUUCUUCCCCUCCUCCUGAUCCAAUACAUUCUUCAAAUCAAACAACAAUUACGGAAGAUGUUGUAGAAAAUAAAAAUUGGCUUUGUGCUAAUUUAGAUUUAACACUUAUUAAUCAAGCAUUGUUAAAACCAAGUGUUUCUGGGGGGAGAGCAAGUGCUUUGUUGUUACAGGCUCUAAGACAAGUUUGUCUAUGUUUUAGAACUUGUUUGAUGUUUGUUUACAUGUUUUGUUUUUCUUAUAUGAUCACCAAAAAUACAAUUACCGACGGUGAUGCCAAUCUAUCAGCAUUAAUAGCAAAAGAUUUGCUUCAAUUACGUUCUCGUAAACAGUCAAUAGCAUCCGCUCUCUUUCAUGACGAUACUACUUUAGCAGCAGAUUAUGUUAGAGAACAGUUAGCAAGACUUUUAAAUGUUUUUGCUUCAUUUAGAAAGGGAAGGGACUAUUUAUUGUGUUCUACUAAUUUAAAUAAUAAUUCAAAUUCUAAUUAUGGACAAGGGCGACAGCAACUUAUUUAUGAAUGUAGUCAAACAUUGAAGGGAAACAGGCGUCCUUUACUUAGCCCUAACGCUUCAGAACAAUUAUUAGCAGCCUUACAAAAAUUAAGUAUUCGACCUGCUGCACAACGAGAAUUGUUAAUUAAUGGGAUUUUUGAAUGGUUAUGUACACAAUUGGGACAACAAAAAUUUGGACAGGCUGGUUUGGAAUUUGGGGUUGCUUUGCUACACAAUCUUGUUGUAAACCCAAUUUCGCAUUCAAUUGCUGUUAGGCAUAAAAAGAGACUUUUGGAGACUUUAAGAAUUUUGUUAACAUCUGCUAGAGGUGGACAGGCAUUACAGUACACUUGUUCAACUCUUUAUAUUCUCCUUUGCCUUCCACAAGUGAGAAAAACUGCUAGAGAUUCUACUGAUCUUGAAAAGAUUUUAAUUGAACGAGCUCAAAAGGAAAAGAAUUUGGAACAAAUUCGACAACUGAUUGUUGUAUACUUGUUGCUACGAGGAGGUAGAUUUGAAUAUUAG